AUGGAGCGACUUGCUGAGCAGGUUCAAACCACUCAGAAGGUUUUGCGGAGCUCGGAAUCGGACUGGAGCAUGUGCUCGUCUUCCAUUGCCAAUCUGGCUGAAGCUAUUGAGUCACUGGAGACGGUGGAAGACUAUUCAAAUGCGGUGCAGUUGCUCCUUGGCCUCUCGAAGGAAAUCGAGCCACAACUCACGUCGAUCCGAUCCAAGCUAGUGAAGGAUGUCUGUGAUCACCUGUUACGGAUCGUCACGGUCACGGGACGAGACUUUGGGAAAAUGGCAAAUGCUUUGUUGCCCCAAAUUGUCGGUAUGAGCAGAAACGCGUCGGCUGCUAUUCGCCAGCCUGGAGCCAAGCUUUUAAGCAAAUUGUCGGAGCUCGUGCGGUACGACUUGACGCUCCUGAAGAGGAUUUACAUGCAGUCGAUACAAGAUCGACCGCGCGUGUUGAUCUUGGAGCAGUUACAGAUCAUUUUUGUUUAUUGGUCGGACGACGAAGUGCUGUCAUGGGAAGAGGACGUGCUGGACAUGGUACAGCAAGGUUUGAUUGAUCAACAUGACAAUGUAAGGGAGACAGCACGUGAUGUUCUCUCUGGAUUCUCGUCAAGAUGGAAUGAUCGAUUGGACGCAUUAGUGGAAAUGCUUUCGAGGCAAACCAAACUGGUGCUGGUUCAUGAGCAUCGUGGUACUCCAUUGGCUCAGGCCAUCACGGAUAAACACCCGGAAUUGGUUGCAAAAGCUGACAUAAUCUUUCGCAAAAGAGCUCAUCUGCGCCCCGGUGCUAUCAAACCUUCUCAGAACAAACGUGACCAAAAAGCUCAAUCGCAAGCGUCAGAGAGCAUUUCGCCGAACCAGCGUGGACAACAAGAUUUUGCGGAGCAAAGCACAGUGAGUAGUGAAGUGGUCGCGAGUCGAACCGCUGCUGCGUUGGAGAGGACGGCCAGUGUGCAGCGUUCAUCCGAUACCCUCGGUUCUUACGGAGAAGCUGCCGAAAUUCAGCCAACUGAUUAUCCUGAUGUCCAUGCCUUUUGCACGACGCAAAAGACACUGCAGCCAUACACAGUUGAAAUUGACGAGACCCAUGGCUCCCAAACUGACGAUGAUUGUCGCGUGUCUGCGGCACAAUCCUCAAGCGAAUUGAGUGCCGGAAAAGGAUCGUUGCCGCUGGCCGGCACUGAGCAGUUUGUGAAUCCCGAUACUGUGAGCCCUGUGGAUCGCAGUCCACUUCCUUCUUGCAGACUCGACCCGGAAUCACCUACCAGAUCUGACGACUUUUCAGAUCGAAGCUCGUCUUUAGAUCCUCUCCCAGAGAGCACCACGGUGGAAUCAAGGGGAUAUGCCGGGCCAUCUACACCUGUUGGCAGUGACAUUAUUGAAGUGUGCAAGGUCGAGCUGGAAUCGUUCAGCGCAAGUGACGACUUUUUUAGCAAGCCGAUUCCGAGUUCAAGUGCUGCCCCAACACUUUCUCCAUCAUCUUCAGACAAUGUAACAUACCGACCUGGGCGACGAGUGCUUGCUCGCCAGGAAGACGAUAUUUUGCCUCGGCAAGCCGUUGCGUCUGUAAUGUUGUCUCCCGACACGCCGGCAGUAGACGUUGCCGCCUUCAACCAUAGGUCCGUAGAGACUACAUCACCGUCCAUCAUUGGCAGUAGUCGGCUGUACCAAGAAGCAGCAUUUUUUGAGGACGAACAAUAUGUUGAAGACGUGCUCGAUGGUGCAGAUGAGAGUGACUGUGUAGAUUCUGACGGUGAGCUGGAUCAUUAUCGACCGGGCUGUAUUCGGUCUCCUAGCGGAGUUGGUAGCGAAUUGGUGGAGGAAAAUGACGAAGCCAAACCGAAUUUGAUAAAUAAACAAGAUGAGCGGCAUCGCGAUGAAGGACCCGGAUACUUGCUCGACACUGUGUCGGAAUAUCGUCGAUUGGAUCAUAGUCAGUCUCGAAGUGGUGGUGAUAGUAGUGCUGUUGACGUGCAUGACGAACAACUGAGUUCAAGUGAGCACGAUGUCAUUUUUGAUGAAGCACGCGUGCGAAACGAUACUGAAGAGGAAGAAUGCGAGAGAGAGGAUCUGUCCGUGGAAAUGAAAUCGGAAAGUAUGGAUGACGACGCAUUGACAGGCUUGCUGGAAGUUCACAAAGAGAUGACGCGUCUUCGGGAGAACACGAAACAUGGCGAAGGAUGCGAUAGUAGCGUUCCCGUUGACAAACGUAGCAAGCUGGCUCAACAUACGAUCGAUGCAGUAGAAAUGGAAAGAGAAGCGCGAGAACAAUGCUCGGUGAGCCGCCGCUCGCAGCCAUGGGAGGAACCUCGCUCAAAUGUGUCAGACAGGGCUGACCAUGUCACGCAGAACCUGCUUUUAGUGUCAACUGUUGAUACCGUAGCUGCGCAACCGAGAAGUAGCAGUCAUUCUGAGCAGGUGGCUGAACACAGUAUCUCUCGAACAGAGGAUUAUGCGCAGGAACGGUCGGAGAAGAGCAAUGGUUUUGAACUGCAAGUGAAACACAGCUCGUCUCGCGCGUGUGCACCUGCAAGUGCUCGAUACUAUGAGCAUGGGUCAGUUGGUUUUGCGAAAGAGAUUACAGUGACCGAACCAAUGAAUAUGCCGUCGCCAAAUGUGCCCGAGGCCGUUCAACCUCAAGGGGUCCAUAGCACCCAGGAGCAGGACACUGAACGAUUCCAUGCGGCAGAGAUGCUUUUCGCAGAAGAGGUCCAAUCGAUCAAAAGCCCGAACAACAAACCGCGAUCGCUUCGAUAUGAACGGAACACACAUUCAUUGCCGAAACAGGAGGUAUUUCCGCCAACAGAGUUGGGAGCUAGACUGGACCCGUCGUAUACCGGGAAUCGAGGGAGUGUUCAGGCUGAAGCUAUGAGUGAGAUCGACAUGGCAUCAGAAGCAGCUCCUGUCAACGAUGCGGCUGCGCUACUUGACGAAGGGAGGAGUGUUACUGCGGAAGAGGAUGACAGGGUAUUUCCAACAGAGCUUGGACUUGCAGCCGGCAAUACGAUUGAGAUGGCAGCGCCAGUCUGUAACAAGCGUAGCACGAGCCCUUUGGCACCCGCCGGAUUUCCCUGCUCUACCUUGAAGCCGUCAAUUGCUACCCCAAAAAUGAAAGCUCCGCCAGCUACAUCGGGCUGGGCUAGCGCCUUCACUACCGCGAUCGCCGUGUUUUUAGCAGUGAUGUUCUGUGUCGCUGGUAUCUAUCGAGCAGUGACGAUAGUGCAUGAUUCGCGGGAGUAUCACUUGGCGCUAAAGACGCGGAUCGACAGGUUCGAGGCGGGUAUGAUUGAAUCUCACGAGAAAGUGCGCAAGCUCGAGGAGGACUAUGCUGUCUGGAUUGACUACGUGCGCAAGCUCACGGAAGAAGACGAACAGCACGCACUGGCGAAAUUCGAAGCUAUUCAAGCUGAAGUCCAGAAAUGGCAGCAAGAGAUGAACGCAGACCUCGUGGCAUUCCGUCAGGCACUUUCCGUGGACUCAAUUGAAGCUUCCUUUGCACCUUUCCACGUAACCAAGGCCGAGCAGGUUGAAGAGGAAUGA